AUGGUAAGGACUGAAAACAUCCACGACACCACGCCAGCCAGCAUCGACAAGAUUCGACCGUUCGGGUUGUCGGAUGACGCGUUUGACCAACGCCGCCCGGUACGCGGGCAGAUUACCAAGUCGGAAGCGCGGGCGGUUAGCCUCUACAACCUUGGGCUGCGUCCGGACAGCAUCGUCUGGGACAUCGGGGCUGGCACCGGCUCCGUGGCUGUCGAGGCAGCAUACAUCGCUUGCAUGGGCCACGUUUACGCCAUCGACCGCGACGCUGAGAGCGCGCACCUUCUGCAAGCCAAUGUGGACCGGUUCGGCGAAGGACGAGUCAGCGUCGUCAUCGGUUCAGCGCCGGCGGUUUUGUCAGACCUGCCCGAUCCUGAUUCGGUUUUCAUCGGCGGCGGCGGCGCGAAUAUUCUUUCCAUACUUGCGGCAGUUACCCGGCGUCUGCGUCCCGGCGGUAGAGUUGUCGCCAACUUCGCCGUCAUGGAGCGAGCCAACUCCGCCUACCGCGCAUUGCGCGAAACCGGCUUCUCACCAGAAUUGACCAUGGUGGCGGCUUCCCGAGGCCGGGAACUGCCCGACGGAACCCUGCGACUGGAGGCAUACAACCCGGUGUUUAUUGUUUGGGGUCAACGAUGA